AUGCUCUCCCGCGCCGCUACCCGUACCACGACCUCUCUGGUCACCAAGCGAGGCUUCCAGACCACCCGCGCUCGCAUGUCCUCCCCUUACCACUACCCUGAGGGCGCCUACAGCAACAUCCCCUUCAACCCCCGCAGCAAGUGGUUCGGCGUUGGCUACUGGACCUUCAUGGCCACCGGUUUCUUCGCUCCCUUCGGCAUUGCUGGUGCGUGGUUUCUCUCCCGACGUCUUCCGAUUCACGCUCCGGAUGCUAACUCGCAGCGCAGUCUGGCAGACCUACAAGCCCCAACAUCAGUCAUUCUCGACUCUUGA